GUCACAUAGUAAUAGUAUUACUAGUGCUAUUGAUGAUCAAUUUCGCGAUGAAACAACACAUGGCGAGACAUCAUUGGUGCCAAAUGAUGUGAAAGAAGGAUACUUUGCUGUUUUUUCGGUGAAUCCCGAAGAGGAACCAACAAGGUUUGUGGUGGAACUGCAUUGGUUAACGCAUCCGUCUUUCUUGGAAUUAUUGAAGAAAGCUGAAGAUGAAUAUGGAUUUAGGUAUGAAGGUGUUCUUGAAUUCCCUUGUCGUGCCGAGGAAUUGGAGAAGGUUCUUGCUACUGAAUGUUCGAACAAAGUUUCACGUUGGUAG